AUGUAUAUCAGGGGCGCCGAACAUAACACAACGCCUAGAGGAGUUUCUAAACUCAAAUCCCUGGAAUACCUUCAUAAGCCAAAACGCGUGUCCCAACAGCAAGACCUCUUCCCGGAUGAGUCAGUGCGCCGGAACACGGACCUGAAUCGGGGCAUGUUAACUGUAGACACAUUAAACGAUCGAAAUGAAAAGGAGAACAAAGAUUCGAAUGGAGUCGACAAGCUCAUUAGAGACUCAUUGGGAGCUCGGUAUGUGCCCGACAGCUCGGACAGUGGAGUUCCGUGCUAUUUCCCCGGUGAUGAUGAUUACGACGACAUGGAAGAACAACCGCCCUUGGUGCGUAAAAAAUCAGGCGAGAUAGUGCGCCCGAGCAUCAGAUUUCAUCGACGCUCGAAAUCGCUGCCAACCACUCCCAGUAUUUCUGACACCAAUCUGCAAAUGAAAGUCAUGCCGACCCCGAAAAGAAGCAAAAGUGUGCAUUUUGAUCGCGACGACGUCGUCAGCGUCAAGUAUUUCUGGAAGGACGACUCACCACAGGACGUUGCGAGCCAAGCCGUCGAGCAAAAUACUUUAGAAGAGCGCACUUAUCGCAACCCAUGGGAACGGGGUAUCCUUCCCGCGGAGUUCAGAGACGAUCCCGAAGACCUGACGAUGACAAUGUCCAAUUUGACCCUCGAAAGAAAGGCCGCAGCAGGCCCAUUGCGGCGGAGCAGGCGUUACCAACGCUUGAAGCAUCCCGUGGGUAACGCGUCGCAGAGCCAUGCGCACGACGCGGAUCGGCAAAACUCCGAACGUGGGGAAUCACGUGACUAUGGUGGUGGUAGUCCUGGCCAGGGUCGUCGUCCAGGGUUACCGCAGGGCUACAUGCUGCGAAACGCCAACUUCUCAAUCCUGAGUAGCAACGACCCGUGUAGUCUGAAACAAAACGUGUUUGUGAAGCUGGCCAACCAAAGCGAAUGUUUCUUGCAAGAGGUGUCACUCACUCCGGGGACCUCCACACUAGCGGGCCAGGUUUUCGUGAAGAACAUAUAUUACGAAAAAAAAGUGGUCGUUCGCUACUCGUGGGACCGCUGGCGCACUUCCCGGGACGUAGAGUGCGUGUGGGUUAGCACCGGCGAUGACGUGCUUCCAGGCUUGGGCAUGGACCGCUUCGAGUUCAGAAUCGGUUUAUUCGGAUCGCAGCACAUCGAGUUAUGUGUUCAGUACACGACCCGCGACGCGCAGCAGCGUCGCGAGGUGUGGGACAACAAUUUUGGACGCAAUUACAGCUUUGAUAUUGCUUUUGGCGGCAACACAGGCUCCACGGGCAACACCAUGUUCCACAAUCCAUGGGCGAGCUAA